AUGCUAUAGGUUUAAGCAUAGCCUCUCAUUGAUAAAGACUCAUAUAUUGGUUUUGGAAAGUUCUACAACCUUUUCUUUGGAAUAGGAAUUGCCAUCGUUCUAGUACUUUUAGGGCUAGUUACAUAUAUGGGAAUAAAGAAAUAUCAAAAGCCUAACCCAACAGGAGUGAUCUAUCACAUGCUGAUAGUUUAGCUCUUCCUUUCAUUUAGAAUCUUCUUAGUUGGUUUGGAUUUCACCUUCAUGUAUGAAUAAGUUGAUGGAGCUGGAGAUGAUAAAUUCGCCUGCUCUUUUGAAGGACUCUACUACUAUGCCUUCCAUCUUUCAGAGUUCUUGUGGAGCAUAGUGUGGCUUUAUGACUUCAUUCUGCUGUCAAAAAGGCCAUCCCUCUUUUCUGGAAAAUAUCUCUUGUAUUAUAGCUGUGUCGUAUACUUUACAAGUUUUGGUUUUUCAAUUGUUGUUUACUUCUAAGAUCAAGAAAAUUUUACAUCUCCUGCAAACUUGAUGUGCUAUGUUAACGACAACAACUCAACUGGAUAUUACCUACUCUUCAAUGUACCUAUCAUCUUAUACUACUUGAUGUUCAUUUAUGUCUUCUUUAUGUAUGGGCUUCCUAUUCUUAGAAGUAAACCUACUAAAACUUAGCAGCCUCUGGAUUAUCGCCUUAGUUACAUUUCAAACUCUACUACAGCUUCUAAUUGUAUUGAAUGCGAUUUAGUUUUCACAGCGAUUCAUCCUUUCGUUAUUAUAAUUGUUGCAAUUUAUGCUAUUGGAAUAAAAGCAUAGACUCUUGAAAGAUCAGGUAAACUCAAAGAUGCUGCAGAGCUUAAUGCAUCUAUUGGUACCGAGCUUAGUAAUUAUUCAAUGUCAUUAAGUCAAGAUGAUAUUCAAGCUAACAAUAAAGGGGGAGCUAAUUAGCACGAGAAGAAUGUUAAAUUUAGAAAAGCUGAGUAAAGUGCUCAUUCAGAUAUGAGCACCAAGAUUGUUAGUAAAGAUCAACUAGAUACUUUUAGAGAGAUAAUAAAACAUAAUGUACUAGAAAAUAUAGUCAAUGGUCUCUAAUAAACUUUAGUUGAAAAAGAGAAGCUCAAACAUUUCUAUGAUAAUAAACUAGGCUUCGGUGAAGCUCCAGCAAAUAAGAUUCUUUAACAAGAAUUAUAGCUAAAUAAGGAUAAUAAGGGCAUGGCAAUGAUAAAUAAGGCAACAGAUUUAAUCUAUUUGUCAAAGCAAGGUGCAGCUGCUUAGAUCAGUAACAAAGAUCCCAAUGCUGACACCCAAGCAAUUGAGGGAUUAGUUUUAGGUCACCCCGAUAUUCUGAGAAAAUUCAAUUAAACUAUGAAACAAGAUGAAGUUGAUAAGUUUAGCAAGACAGAGAAAGUCUCCAGCAUCUAAUACCAAGGACUGAGUUACGACUUUGUUGAACUUGCACCAGAGAUAUUCCAUAUCAUCAGAUAGAUCCAAAAUAUUGAUGAAAGACUUAUCAAACAAAUUUUCUCAAUUCAAAAUCUAGAAAACCUAGUUGUUGAUGCCUCAUUGACCAAAGGAGGAAGCUUUUACGUAAAACCUCUCUAAGGAGGCUUAAUCAUUAAAUCUAUUAACAAAGCAGGAUAUAAAUUAAUGCAAGAUUUCCUACCAGAUUACUUCAGGUAUACUCUUAUGAAUCCAAGCACUCAUUUGUCUCCAAUAUUGGGAGUUUUUAAUAUGAAUUUGACUAAAAACGGAGUUUAGUUGCCAAUCUAUUUCACAAUUCAAAGAAAUAUAUAAGAAUUCGACCCAACCAGCCUAGAAAAUGAUGAUUUUGCUUUUGGAUUUGAUAUUAAAGGAUCUGUUCAUGGAAGAAAAAUGCUUGAUAACCCCAGAGAUAUCCUUAACUAUGAAGUUGUAUAUAGAAACAAAAAACUAUUCGCCAAAACAUUAAAAGACUAAGAUUUCUUAUAAAGUUUCAAAAAACUAGAUCUAAAUUAAAGCUAAUCAGAUAAAAUACUAUCUUAACUUGAGAAUGAUGUUAAUCUUUUGAUGACUCAUGGACUUAUGGAUUAUAGCAUGUAUCUUGUCAUAGUGAUAAGACCAUUUAAAAAUGUUGAGUACUUCAUUCCUAAAUAGAUUGCAUUAAAGAAUGAAAGUUAAAAUUAAAUAGAUGAGGAUAAGAUUCAUUUUACUUCAAUUGACUCCACUUCUUAUAAAAGGUUCUUUAUUGGUGAGAUGAAUAUAGCAAAGCAUCAGCAUACAAGAAUGUAUGGAAGAAAAGAAGAUUCAAAUAUCUUGGUGAUGAAGGAAAGAACUAGAAACAAGCUAAUGUUAUAUCAUAUUUGCGAACCAUAUGACAUUUCAUCUGUAUAAUUAUAUUAAGAGGAGAAGAAGAGAGGUGAAAUAAUGGGCAAUACUCCAUUAAAUUUAAUGAACCAGAAUAGUCUUUAUGAUUAAGACCCACUUAGAAACGCUACUUUCUAAAAUAGAGACAAAGAUUCAGUUGCAAGCAACUACAGUGCUUAAAAUGAUCCUAAAUAGACGGCUGUGUUUAACGCUGAGAUAAGUGAUCUAGUUUAAAAUUAAGUUCAAAUGAUCAGAUAACAUUCAGUUGUAAACUUCAUAAAGACUACUCAUUCAUAUGAAUUUUAUGAUGAUAAGAAAGAUGAGGAAAGGCCUCAUCAUCUACAAAAUUAGGAAUAGUCUUAAAAACGUGAUUAGUCUUUUGGACAUGGAACCUCAAAUCUAGUUCAGAGAUUGAACAUGUUUUAUACAGAAAAGGAGAAAGAUGACGAAAUAAUUCUUGAUCAAAAGAACCCAUAAAAGAAAAUGAAGGCCUGUUAUGUUUGUAAGAACCUGAAGACAAAUCACAUUGUCAAGGAGGAGCUUAACCAAGACCCAGAUCUCCUCUCAGAUGAGAUUAAAAUGGGAGUAUUAAACAUCGCUCGUAGAGAUGUUAUUGAGCAAGUAGUAUUUGAUCCUUAAUUAGGAAUUGUAAAGAGAGAGAUUCAUUAUGGAAUCAUCGAUUACCUUACAGUAAGUUAAAUUAUGAAAUAAUAUGAUCAUUUUAGACUUAUCCCAUGA